AAGACUUGUAUAGUGCCUUUCCUCUACCGUUUUUUUUUUCUGUAAAGAAUAUGGAAUGAGGUAAACGGGAUGAACUGAGGGGACCAGCCAUAAAAAGCCAAAGAACAUCCAGUUGAGGUCAUAGGCCUAUCAACAUUCAAAUAUCUCUUUUUGCCUGGAAAGUGUCCCGCCCAAGCCGAAACCGAGCUAUCAAAAGCAUAACAAAAACGUGUUCUAUCUUCUGCGAUUCCAUUUUUUAAGUAAUCGUCGUUAGCUAAAGGCAACAUAUUCCUCUAUAAACGUAAGUUUAGUUGUUCGUUAAACUUCGGUACGAAGCAGUCGUAUGGACUAUAACAUUUUAGUAAGACGAAUUUUAUUAGAAAGUCUCUGUAUAUACCAAAAUUUUGCUUGGAAGCUAUAUAUUUUUUCUCUAACUCCACAGAAGUUGCUAAGAACUAUGGAAAACUCAACAUGCUCCCCUGGUCUCCUUGCAUGGCAUAACGCAUACGGUCCCGCGACUGGUAGAAUUAUCUCUACGGUAAUAGCAGUCAUCCACUGUGGGACUUGUCCCUUUACUUUCUCGCUGAACCUCCUUGUGAUACUUGCUCUUAUCAAGCAAUCCUCCCUACGAAGCAAGUCCAACACGAUCCUCGGGUGCCUGGCUCUGACGGACUUAUUGACAGGUCUGAUAACUCAACCGAUCAUCAUAGCCACUAACAUUACUCUACCGUAUUGCUACAGCCUUGCUAUCGAGUUGGGAGUCACCGUGAAACUGCUCGGCUCCGUGUCGCUGUACAAUGUGACGCUACUGAACAUUGAUCGGUAUAUAGCUAUGAAGAAGGCGUUCAGGUACCCGACAAUCGUCACAAACGAGCGCCUGGUCAUCGCUGAAAUCUCAUGCUGGGUCAUAGGCCUAGUUCAAGCCAUCGUGGACACAUAUUCGAGCUUGUUCGCCAUGGUGAUCAACUUGCUGACCUUUGCGUGUUUUUGUGUUUGUAUUUACUGUUGUUUUGAGGUGUGGCGAGUGAGUAGAAGGCACCAGAGAGCGAUCUUGAACCAACACCGUUCAGCAGGCAUGCCAAGAAGCACCCUCCAACAAGGCAAUACCAAUUUCCUCUUCAUCGUUAUCACCGCCCUUUUGAUCGUCUCCUGGCUACUGCUGGUGGUCGUCAGGUUGUCAGACCAACACGAUACGCUGCUGAGACCGAUUGCCUCCACUCUUGUUGUUCUCAACUCAUUCUUCAACCCAAUUAUAUAUGCAUUCAGAAAUCGAUUUUUCAGGGAGGCAUUCAAAGAACUUCUAUGCCCCCGGGCAAGAGCAGUACACCCCAUUGCAAGUUUUUCAAAACCUGUAGUGUUUUUUUGUGACUUUACUAAAACAACAAGAUCCAGUGACCGUCUAUCUAUCGCUUUAAAGCCAUUCGAAGAGAUUCCUUCAAGUUCUUCAAAAGCUGUAAUUAUUUUCCUUGACCAAAUCAACACCACACUGCCCCUUUAUCAACCGCCAUUUGAAGAAACUACAGUGCUUACCAAACUCUCGUUAGAAAGUUUGAAGAAACUACUGUCACAGGAAGGUAAAAGUUUACUGGCAAUUAUAUUAUUUAAAGAAAAAAAAAAUAAGUAUGGAGAAUGUUGCUGAAAAAAAAUAUUUAUGAUGAAAAUUCAAGUCAUUUUUGUCCAUAGAAGGCUUAAACGACGCCUUAUGUAAGAUUUGCUUAGUUACGCCUUGAGCUCUCAAUAAUAAAUCAUAAAAUGGUGUAAUCUUACUUUACAUUUUAUUAAAUAAAACCCUAAUCAAUAAUA